CGGAAAUAAACAAAACAAGUCACCAUGGAGAAAACAAAGCGAGAUACUCUUGACUCGACCGGGGACGACUUGUCCCCUCCCCAGGAUAUGGCAUCCCAUCAGUCUAAGCGUGUCAAAAUGGGCAAUGGGGAACCCGGCGGCGUGGAACUCUGGAGACACCCGGAUCCAAAGUCCACACCCAUGUGGAAAUUCCUCGAGCACGUCAACUCGACCAGGUCCCUCAGCCUCCAGAACUACGAGCAGCUGCACAAGUGGUCCACCGCCGAUCCCGCUGCGUUCUGGGCUGAUGUCUGGCACUACGCCGGCGUCGUGGCUUCCAAGCCUUAUGAUGAGGUCCUGCCCGAGGGUGGUAUGUUCCCGAGGCCGAAUUUCUUCAGCGGCGCCCUCUUGAACUUUGCCGAGAACCUCUUGUUCCCGCCUGGCGUCGAUAUCGACCCGUCGUCCGUUGCCAUCAUCACCGCAACCGAGACCGACGAAAAGGAGACGACCUGGGCCGAGCUUCGGGACAUGGUCAAUCGCUGUGCCGCCUCGAUUCGCGCUGCUGGGCUCCAGCGCGGAGACGUCGUGGCGGGUUACAUCUCCAACCACGUCGAGGCCCUCGUCGCAGCGUUGGGCGCCGCCAGCAUUGGUGCUUUGUGGACCGGCAUCAGCCCGGACAAUGGUGUCAGCGCCGUGCUCGAUCGGCUGGUCCAGGUCAGACCCAGAGUACUGUUUGCCGACAACGGCACGACCUACAACGGCAAGUCUUGGGCCAGCACGCCCAAGACCUUGGAGAUAGUCGGGGAGCUCAAGAAGCACGGCCUCGAGCUUGUAGUUGUCACCAGAAAUCUGCAGGCCGUCGACUUGUCCUUGGAAGAAAUUCGUGCUCUAGACGUCAAAGCCGACGACUUUGACCAGUUCUUGGCUGCAGCACAAGUGGAGCAGAACGGUACAGGCUCGAAGCAGCAGUUUGACCAGCUACCCUCUGACCAUCCACUAUUCAUCCUUUAUUCGUCAGGAACAACAGGUGUGCCAAAGGCGAUUGUACACUCGGCUCUGGGGACUUUAAUCCAGCACAAGAAAGAGCACCUCCUUCAUGGGUCGCUAAACCCCAAGUCGCGAAUGCUUUACUUUACAACUACAUCAUGGAUGAUGUGGCACUGGAGCAUAACCGCCCUCUCCGUCGGCACAUCCCUGGUUUUAUAUUCGGGCUCUCCAUUUCGCCCCGAUGGCUAUCUGUCGCUCCCAAGGCUACUUUCUAAGCUCAGGGUAACUCACUUUGGCACCUCGGCGGCCUACCUGACCGCCCUGGAGGCAAACAAAAUAUACCCCGUACGCGAACCCGGCAUCGAUCUUUCUUCACUUGAGGGCAUCUACUCCACCGCCGCACCUCUACCGCCCUCCACAUUUGCCUUUGUAUACGAGGCUUUUCCCUCCAAAGUCCACCUGGCUUCGAUAACGGGUGGAACGGAUAUCAUAUCCCUCUUCGGCGCGCCGUGUCCACUGCUGCCCGUCCGCGCGGGUGAGGUCCAAUGCGCCGGCCUGGGGAUGGCCGUGGCCGUCGUAGACUCUGCAUCGGACCCGGAUAAACCCAUCCUCAUUACCGACGGCGAGCCGGGUGACCUCGUCUGCACGGUGCCCUUCCCCUGCCAGCCCCUGACCUUUUUUGGCAACGACGGCGACGAAAAGUACCGCAAGGCGUACUUUGAGCGCUUCCCCGGCAUGUGGCACCACGGCGACUUUGUCCGCCAGGUGGACGGACCCUCGGCCGGGCUCGUCAUGCUUGGCAGGUCCGACGGCGUGCUGAAACCGGCUGGUGUUCGUUUUGGCUCUGCCGAGAUCUACAACAUUCUCACAAAGUUCUUCCCCGGCGACGUCGAGGACGCACUCUGCGUCGGAAGGAGGCGCGAGGGCGACACGGACGAGGCCGUCUGCCUGUUUGUCGUCCCCGCUGCCGGUAAGAGCUUUGAUGAUGAGCUUAAGGGCCGGAUCAAGACGACGAUUCGCACCGAGCUCAGUCCCCGGCACGUCCCCGCGUUUAUCGAGGAGGCUGAAGGCGGUAUUCCCAAAACGGGCAACGGGAAAAAGAUCGAGGUCGCCGUGAAACAGAUCAUCUCGGGGAUGAAGGUAAAGACGAAUGCGAGUGUGGCCAAUCCCGAGUCUCUUGACUGGUUCAGGGCCUGGCAUGAGCAGCACCCGUAGACUUACCUAUCGCUGUUUGUUGAUCGCCGUCGGACAAAAAGCUUCCAUGUCCAAGAGGUAACUCCUGUGGCAGCCUACUGUCUAUAAUCCAUAAGAAUGUGUCGUAAUUACAGGCAAAAAACGCAUAGUAUAGGAGGUAUAGGUACUGGUCUAGAAAAAGCAAAGCAUAGAUAAAUUUAGAUAUCUUUGUCGCUCUGGAGACCCAUCAUCGUUGAUCAGACCUGG